ACCUCGGCGAAACACAGUGUUAGUAGCGAGUCCCAUUAUCCGUUUAUGUGUUAGCACUGGACUUAAUGAGUGUAUCAGUAGUAGAGCUAGUUUAGCUAGCAAGUUAACGCUACUAGAGGGGCUACAUCUGAAAGCGCCACGAUUCUUUUCUGCACGAUGCAGUUUAUAGGAAAACUAGCCGAGGAGAACUAGCGAAGGUAACGUUAGCCAACUUGGGCUAACUAGUCGUUCACAAGGAAAAAAAACAGGAAAUUCGCGUUUAGAUUGUAGUGGACUUCUUUGGUGAUUUAUAGAAAGUGUGUGAGAUAAUAUGUGGAUUUCACGGGUGCAACAGUCUGCAGUUUGGUGUCUCAAGCGUUAAUGUUUUAUAUUUAGCCCCGAGAGCUAACGGUAAGUUAGUUUGCUAGCCCGCUAAACAGCAAGCUAGCUUCGCUUGGAAGUUGCUCCAUGCUAACGUUUAGCUUGCUCCCCAGCUCCAUGAACCAACCGGGCUCCCAAACAUGUUUUGGGAGUUUAAAUCGUAAAGUUUAGGGUCGUCCUGCUGCACACUAUUGAUAACUCAAGCAGCUGUAACGGCGUCUAGUCUCUAGUUUAACAGCAUCCAACUUUGUGGAGUCGCGGCGGCUGAUUAGCCGGGAUGUUGGGAUUUGAGCGAUUCUCGUCGGUGCCCACAUUCUGCUGCAGAGGAGAGAGCACCAGGAUGAGGAGCCUGUAGGCACCCGCCGUAGUAUGGCCGCGUCCCGUUCCUCACGCGUCACAAGGUCGUCAGUGGGGCUCAAUGGAUUGGAUGAGAACUUUUGUGGUCGAACCCUCAGGAACCGCAGCAUUGCCCAGCCGGAGGAGACCUCGGUGCCUCCGCUACCAAGGGCCCGCUCGCCCAAGAAGAAGCAGGAGUCGAAGCAGGACGCCAAGCAGGAAUCGAAGCAGGACGCCAAGCAUGAAUCGAAGCAGGACAGCAAGCAGGACAGCAAGCAAGACACCAAACAAGACGUUAAGCAGGAUGCUAAACAGGACACGAAGCAGGACACGAAGCAGGACACGAAGCAGGACACGAAGCAGGACACGAAGCAGGACCCGAAGCAGGACCCGAAGCAGGACACGAAGCAGGACACGAAGCAGGACGCUCAGCAGGACGGCCAGCAGCAGGCCGCGUUGAAGGGAAAGGUAACUGAGUCUUCUUCAGCUGAGGCGGAGCAAUGGACCGGCUCCAGGAAACGGGGUGUGUCCUGUUUAGAAAAAGACAUUAGUCCUGAGAAGUCCGAGAACUGUGAUCGUGGGAAGAGCGCGCGGGAUGCCUGUCCUCAAAUCAAAAGGGCCAAGCGGUGCUCCCGCUCCGGAGAGUCUCAGGGACACGAGGAGGACCCAGAGCCUCUGAAACCCGAAAGUCCAGUCCCAGAGCCUAGCAAUGAUAACAGUUGUGAAGAAUUCCCCAGCCAAAACUCUGCGAACACGGCUCCUGCCUCACCUGUCCGCAGUAAAGAGGAAGGUGAGCCGACGGGGCCGGAGGCAGAGGAUGGUCAUGUGGAGUGUGACGGGGCGGCUCAGCCCCCGAACGCUCACAAGGCCUCUAACGGACUCAGAGAGAAUAAAGCAGAGGAAGCUAGCACACUAACUGAAGAGCCGAGUGCAAACUCCACCUCUGCCACCAGCUGCCCGUCGCUGCUCAACGGCAGUCAGACGGGGGCCCCCUCGUCCCCUGACCCCGCUGUGCCUUGUAGAAACUCUGUCCCUGUGCAGAUGGAGGUCUCUGGCUCAGGGGAAUCACCGGCCUCGUCGGAGGCUGUUCCAGAGGAUCCUGUCCCUGAGUUGAUAGUGGCUAAGGAGCAGGAGGUGGAGGAGGUGGAGGUCGACGUGGUGGGCGACUCGUUGUGUCUCGCCCACGAGGAGCAGGUGACGGAGAGCGAGAACGACACCAACGGUCGGCCGCUAACUCCACUGCAGGACGCUGCUGCCUCCACCUCCUCCACAAACAUGAACAGUAGUCCAAUCAACAACAACUCAGGAGAAACUACACCCCCACUAGCAACAACCCCCUCCCCCACAGAGCCAGGGUGCACCCCCUCCAUAUCCAGCACGCCCCCCUCUUUCACAGAGCUCUACGAACACAGAUACACCCUGCGGACUUCACCCAGGAGGGCCGCCACUGGUGGCAAGGCCUCCUCCUCCAAGCUCAGCUCUCCUCCCAGAGACAAUGGUCCCUUGAGGGAAGAGGGGGAGGUGGUGGUUGGGCUGGAGGAGGACUGCCCUGUGGUGGAGGAGCCUGCCCCCUCAGACUCUGUCGGCCCCUCCAGCGAGGAGCCGGUCUCCGUGGAUCCCGCAGACAGGGCAGGUGGUGAGGACAGUGUGCCUGUGGAGGGCAAAGAGGCUGAGAGCGGCAAGGAGCUGACACAGAGCCAGGCUGCAGAGGAGGAGGAGGAAGAGGAGGAGCCAGACGUGUAUUACUUUGAGUCGGACCACCUGGCUCUUAAACACAACAAAGAUUAUCAGAGGCUGCUGCAGACCAUCAGUGUUCUCGAGGCCCAGCGCACGCAGGCCAUCCUGGACCUGGAGACGUUGGCGCGUCACCAGAGGGAGGCACUCAGCGAUCCCAUCAGCUUCGUGGAGCAGCUGCAGAAACGGGUUAAUUUGGGCUUGCCGCGUCCUCAGCGAGUCGUCCAGCUCCCUGACAUUGGGUGGGAGCAGUACACCUCAGGCCUCGGGGACUUUGAGAGAGAGUUCUGCGACAAGAAACGCAAAACCAGGCGGUUAAAGCUGAUCUUUGACCAAGGUUUGCCUGCUCGACCAAAAAGUCCCGUGGAGCCCAAGAAGGAGGGCGAAUCCUCCACCAUGUACUCCUCGCUGCCCACUAGUGAUGCUCCAGAGAAUGGCAGGCAAACACAGAUGAUCAGAGGGAGGAUUUGUCACCCAAACAAGUCUGACACGUUUAACCAGCUGUGGACUGUGGAGGAACAGAAAAAACUAGAGCAGCUUCUUGUGAAGUUCCCUCCUGAGGAAGUCGAGUCCAGAAGAUGGCAGAAGAUUGCUGAUGAACUCGGCAACCGAACAGCAAAACAGGUUGCCAGUAGGGUUCAAAAGUACUUCAUCAAACUGACAAAAGCUGGUAUCCCUGUCCCUGGAAGAACACCCAACCUGUGCAUGUACACGAAAAAGGCAUCCAGUAAGAGGCAGCACCACCUCAACAAGCACCUGUACCGGCCGUCUACUUUCCUGACCUCCUAUGAGCCUCCGGUCUACAUGGAUGAAGAUGACGAACGCUCGGCGUAUUACAGCGGCGUGCAGGACCCCUCUGCUGACGACUCGGAUGAGGAGGUGAUACCUGUGGAGCUGAGAAAUCUGCCAGAGUACAAAGAGCUUUUGGAGCUGAAGCGACUGAAAAAACAGACGCUCCAGGAGAUCCACGAGGACAAGGCUGCGGUGCGGCACGUCGGCUACAAGUGUGACGUCUGCGGCAUGGAGCCCAUCCAGGGAGUGCGGUGGCACUGUCAGGAUUGUCCGCAAGACAACUCGGUUGAUUUCUGCUCAAACUGCUCCGACUGCUUGUUCAAGACAGAGACCCACAAGCCGAACCACCACCUGGAGCCGGUGCACCAGCCGGACACCUUUCUGGACAGGGACUACUGCCUGCCGCAGAGCGCAGGCUACAACUACCUGGACCCAAACUACUUUCCAGCCAACAGAUGACAGGGUCCCUCUGGCUCCGGGCUCGCUCCACAUAUCCCACAGGCCACUCUGUGCAUGGCUCCAUCCUCCAAGUCCAAGAUAACCGCUUAACCCGCCGCCAGGCAGGAAGGCCAGCAAGGCAGGCAAACAGCCAGGGGCCUCAGAGCAGACCACCGCGCUGCUGGUUGAGGGGGAGGGGCUGUUGGUAAACUGGCCUCCCUGACUCAAGCAAAGGGCGGCCAUGUUGGUUCCUCAGAUCAAGGGGGUCCUGCUCCAUCUCGGCCAGGUUAAUCAACGGAUCUGUGAUUUGAAACGACACACUAUUUUUAAAAAAAACAAACAAACAGAAGGCACACCGACAUUCCCGAGCUCUGUGACUCCAGGAGGGCUGUCCCCCUUUCCCCCCUUCCCCCUCCUCAUCGUCGCCCUCCAGUUUACCUCCCUGUGCUGCUUCGAAACUGGAGAAUUAAUGACCAGUGUGGCGAAGCGCCACCUAAUGGAGAUGUGUGGUCAUAGUGGACUGUGAAGUCAUCAACUGAGAUACACAUAGGUGGUUUGUAUGUGUGUAUGUGGUCUCCGUGUUAUGCAAGAGUGAAAAAUGUUCUAGCUAGGUAUCCGUAGAUUGAGUAUUUAUGAGCCGCAGCGUCCUCAGCGGGGGAGUCGCUGCGAGAAGCGGUUUGGAGCGUGACGCCGAGGUCGGUGUGUUUUCGGCUGCAGACCGUAGGAAGCUCUGCAGACAGACCUGUACGUGUUAAACGGACUGUGCGCCAUGUUUCAGCAUGGAGCCACCCCUACCACUGUCACACAACGCUGCUCUCUCACCCGUCAAACACACACACACACACACACACACUGACACACACUUUCAUCUGUUUCCGUUGCUCUCUCCACUAAAACACGUCUAACGUCUAGGAAGCACUACAAGCACCGAGAGCAAACGUUUUUGAAGGCAGGCGAACGAGAAAAGACUGUUUUCGUUUUCAUUUUUUUCUCCUCCCCCAAUGUGUGCCGUUGUUGAUCAUGUUGAGUGUACAAGUAUAUGGUGAAAAGUAGCCAGCGCUAGUUGCUGUGUGCCAUUUUUAAAAGAGACAUUUGUUUUUUCGGGAGGGGGAAAAUCCACCUCCGAAACCCGGCCACAACUUCUCCCUUCCUGCGUGGCGCCAUCGACCCACAUUGUCCCACAUUGUCCCACAUUGUCCCACAUCAUCAAUCCAGUCAUCAUGCCUCUAGAUCUUCUUUAAUUUUGCAGUCCACUUUAAAAAGGUCCAUUUAAAAGAUUGUAUUUUUAUUAAUCUAUUUAAAAAAAAAAGAAUUGAGGUAGUGGUUGGUGCCUCCACAGUGGAACGACCCACACAAUUUUAUACACAUAGAUUAUGUUGUGCUUGAGUAGACACCAU